UAAAUGGUUCAGCCCAUCUUCAGGGUUCCUGUCUUCGUUGCUGUCUUCUCUAACAUUUUGUCUCACAACUUUUAUAAUUUGAGCUGUUCAAAUUAGACUUGUAAAAUUCUGAAAGUAGCUAACAGCAGCGACAUGGCGGCCACCGCAGGUUCCCGGACACUACGGAGGGAUGAUGCCAACUAUAAGUUACAUUUCCGAAUGAUAAACGAGCAACAAGUGGAGGAUAUCUGCAUAGACUUCUUCUAUAAGCCACACACUAUCACACUGCUGACAGUCACUGUGCUCAGCUUGAUGUACUUUGCGUUUACCAGGGAUGAUGAACACUCAGACAACAACCUCCGUGUUGGUUUAUUGGUGGUUGUGUCCUUCUUCUUGGUCAUCAGUGUCCUGGCUUUUCCUAAUGGACCCUUCACACGGCCACACCCUGCCAUAUGGAGAAUGGUGUUUGGCCUCAGUGUGCUCUACUUCUUGUUCCUCGUCUUCCUCAUCUUCCUGAACUGGGACCAAGUGAAGACUCUGAUGUAUUGGCUCGACCCAAAUCUGCGCUACGCCAAACGGGAAGCUGAUAUCAUGGAGUAUGCUGUAAACUGUACGGUGAUAACGUGGGAGCGCAUACUGAGCCACUUCGACAUCUUUGCAUUUGGCCACUUUGCCGGGUGGGGUAUGAAGGCUUUGCUGAUUCGCAGCUACGGCUUGUGUUGGACCAUCAGCAUCACCUGGGAACUCACUGAGCUUUUCUUCAUGCACCUUCUGCCAAACUUUGCGGAGUGCUGGUGGGAUCAGGUGAUACUGGACAUACUGCUGUGCAAUGGAGGAGGAAUCUGGCUUGGUAUGACAGUGUGUCACUUCCUGGAGAUGAGGACGUACCGCUGGGCCAGCAUCAAAGAGAUCCACACCACCACAGGGAAGAUAAAGCGAGCUGUUCUGCAGUUCACCCCCGCCAGCUGGACGUUUGUGCGCUGGUUUGACCCAAAGUCGUCCUUCCAGCGACUAGCAGGCAUCUAUCUCUUUAUGAUCCUAUGGCAGCUGACAGAGUUGAACACAUUCUUCCUCAAGCACAUCUUCAUCUUCCAAGCCUCUCACCCCCUCAGCUGGUGUCGUAUCCUCCUUGUUGGAGUGAUCACUGCACCCACCGUACGACAAUAUUAUGCAUACCUGACAGACACCCAGUGUAAACGAGUUGGCACACAGUGUUGGGUGUUUGGAGCUAUUGCUUUCCUGGAGGCUCUUGCUUGUGUGAAAUUUGGCCAUGAAUUGUUUUCCAAGACACAAAUUCGCUACGUACUCCUGUGGCUGCUCUGUCUGGCUCUCAUCACACUUCUGUGUUUAUAUGGGAUGAUGUGGUAUGAGCAAAAUAAGAUGAAGAACUCUUCUUUGCAAAGUGAGGACUGUACUGACAGCAGUGUUGUUGACUCAUGUGGUUUCAUCCCAGAUGGUCUUGCAGGUCCGAGGGAUUCCUUAAGAAGUUUACAACCCACAAAACGGAGGAAAGCCUCUGGGAGGAGCAGAUUUGUCAAUGGCCAUGGAGGAAAGAAACAAUAAGCAACACUAACACUGAGUAUUCACAUCCUCUGUAGGAGAUUCAACAAGAGGAAUACAGCAUGCAGCUGAAUUUACUGAAUACUUAAAGAUGCAUUGUUGGCUUAAUGAAUCCCAGAAUGCAAAAAGCCAAAGAAAAUAAGCCAAAGUCACACCAAAAGGGCUUGAUAUAGUAUUUAAAGUUCUACCAGAUGUGGAAGUCAGCUGCAAAACACAACAAUGAGCUAAAAGCUUUGUGGACCUACAGACUGGACUCCUGUUUGUGUAGAAUAGAUUUUUUUGUAUUUAAUAUGACAAUUUUUUCUAAAUAGACCGAAAUAACAAUGUAAUAUGCACUGAAUUUUGAAAGGGGAAAGAGCCUUAGUUGCACUGUGAAAAAAUAGUAUGUUAGCAUUAGCAUCUCUGUUUAAGUCCAGUUAACAGAAGAAUGAAUGUUGUUAGAAUUCUUUCCACUGAGACAAGGCAUUGUUUGUGGUAUACAAACCAGCCCAAACCCACUGCCCUGAGACCAUACAGCAUAUACUACAGCACCUUUUGCACUUAACCUCACUGACUGUUAUGUUCUUGAAUAGCAAUAUGUAUUGAGUUACGGCUAACAACUGUAUUUUGUAUGUUAAUUACCCUUAAGCUUCAGUGUACCGCCGGCGGUACACUUACUAAUUUGCAUAGGAAUUUCAAGAAUGUCCGACGGCUGCAAACACGAUUAUACAAACACUAUACGCCGAUGGAAAGCUUAGAUUCUCAUGAAUCCGCCGGUAUAAACCACUUUCAGAUGCGAUUACUACAGCGGGUGAGAAAAACACAUUUGUCCGACAAAAACGAAUAUUCAUCCAUCCGUUCUCUAUACACGGCUUCAACGCACGCAGCGCGACUCACAUUUCCGGGUUCAUUAUUACACACACAAAAAAAAGAUUCCACAAAAAACGGCCAUAAUCCAACCUUUUACAUCCAGAUGACACAAGCCAGUAAACUAUUUUGUCCAAAACAUGUCCUGAAGUCGGUAUAAAAUCCCCGAAUCGGUCAUUUUCAAGGAAAUGCACCUCGCGAUGCCCGUCCAAUAUUCCCCGUAUUUUUCGUAUUUUUUUUUAAUUUAAAAAUAGAAUAUUAGCGUUUUUUUGUACUGAAAACGGCUGGAAUUGACUGAAGCUUAAACAUCCCCACAGAAUUUUUAAUGUGAGAAACUUAACAUUUUCUCUGGGAAAGUGUUAAGACACGUGGUCACAUGUGACAAAAUCAAAAUUCUGGAUUUCACAUUUGUCAUAUCUUAAUUGGGAGACAAAUUGUCCUCUAAAAAUGCAAAACAAUAUGAGAAUCAUUCAUUUACAAUGGUAUAUACCAGAUUUAUGCUGGAAUUUAGACACAUAUUUCUGAAAAUGAAGUUCUGAAUCCAACAUUGCAAAGCAUUUCAUAAAACUCCGUCUAAUAUUUAAAUUAGAGCCAUUUCUGUGGUGUACUAUAUUUAGGGGUUAGUCACAUGGGGUUGUUCAUUUUGUGAUUUUUCAGAAUAACACUCUAAAAUACAGGUUCUGAUGGUCACAUGUUCAAGAAAAUGUAUCGAGUUAAUGACCAGAGACGCAUUAACUUACAUUACAUUUGUGGAAACUUACAUUAACCUUAAUCAAAACUACUGUUUGCCCUAACCCAACUUUACUCUUACCUGAAAGCAUGUCUUCACUUAAAAAUGCAAUGAUUUAUGCUUGUUUUACAUCCCUAUGAGGAAGACACAUCUGGAUAUUGUGACUGUAUUAAUAGAUUUAAAUCCCAUCAACAUGAGUACCACACGGACCAAACAGAAAGAGAGAUGAAGUCCAAAGCCAAAACAAUUGUUUACAACUACAAUGAAGACUUAGUGGGAACUAUGUUUAUGGUCUGAGGAGUUCUUAGACAGCAAGCUGAUUGUUGAGUUUCACCAGAGAAACCGAUUUGCAUUUACGAGGGGAAGCACAACCACAGUGUUUCUGCAAAUGAGAAUUUUCUCGGCAGUGUUGCUGAUAAAUGGCUACAGCACACUACCAUGGCAUUGCAUGAUGUGUGAAGAUGAUGAUGAUGAUGAUGUCUAAAUCAUGCUGUGCCUCAACCACUACAGAUAACAACACUUUUCCUCUGGUGACCAACUUGGCAAGAUAAGGUCCCUGGUAAAUAAUACAGGAUCAGAGUUUUGCCAAAGGUUUCCAGACAGUUCAGCAUGUCUGCGUAGGUGAGGCAAUGAUUACUUACUAUGGCAAACAUUUCACCAAGCAUUUCGUCAAGGGAAAAUCAAUACGGUUUGGAUACAAGAUAUGGUGCCUGGCACAACCCAGGACACCUUAUCCAGUGCCAACCAUACACUGGGAGUUGUGCCAGAGUGCUGGAUGUCAGGCUUGAUGACUCUGUGGUUAUGGAGCUUUUAGAUUCAUUGCCCCAGGAUGUAAGACUUCAGGCCAUUUUGGAAAUUUUCUUUGCGUCCUUCUACUUCUUUCAGGCCGUCAAUCAGUGAGAAGGGAAUCUGUGCCACAUCACCCUGAGGGUCAACCAUGUGAAGGACUUGAAGAUGCAAACAACCCAGGCUGUGUUUACUACUACUACUACUACUACUACUACUACUACUACUACUACUACUACUACUACUACUACUACCCUCCUUCUAGAUAGAUGUCACACUAGACUGUGAUGCCCAUCAGGAAGGUUGUUCGCUAUUUCAAGCAUAUUGAGAGACUAAGGAUGCAGUUCAAAUCCAGAGUUGUUUUUUUCCAACAGAAACAUGGGAUUUGUUGACAGAAAGGAGCGAAGCAUAAGCUACUACUUCAUCAGUGAGAUUCAUUCCAAGAAGGUUUUCUUUUCAAGCAGAUUCCUAUUUUUCAGGUUCAUGCAGAGUCGAUGACUUCUCUUAGCCACCAGUCCUGCAGGAGCAUAGAGAGACCAAUAGACCUAUUUUCCUUCAGAAGAUGUGAUGAGGGUGUACUGGAUGUAGUACUCCAGACAACAACCUCUACACAAAAUGCGAGUGGCAGAAACCAUUUGCUAUGACGAGUAAGGCCACUAUUAAGGUUCAAAGACUGUGUAGUUGCGGAAGACGGUAACAGAUAUAUGUUAAAUGCCAUCACCCCUCCAUCACAUCCUCUGUUUUAAAGCAUUCCACGAGAAGUGACAGAAAGCAACAUGAAGCCAUGAAGUGAAUAAUUAAAGCACCUAAUCACAUACCGAUUAGUGCUGGUGUUCAUACUUGGCGAAUGGUAUCAUGCAGUCAAGAACAACUAAACCCUUAUUAGAGACAUGCAGUGUUUUAAAAUCAAGAUAGCCUUCAAAUUACAGAUUGGGAGCUGCCACCAAGCAAAGAAUCAGUGCUAUGGAUUUCUGUGAGUGAAAUACUUCUAAGCUGUGAAACGUUUUUGCUUGUCGAAUGUUGUGAAAUGCAUUUCGAUAUUAGCUGCCUUUUGUACAGAUUUUAAGAUGUGUAAAUAAUAUAAUAAACUGAACUGUUGGUAGUAGUAUGUGUGUGUGAGAGAGAGGGGGAGACAAAGGGAAAGGGGCACUGAACUUGGGGGAAAUUUUAAAACAUUUUAUUCAGUUUUCAUACUAUCAGUACUGGACCAAGACUAAGUGUGUAUCAAACCUUUCAAUAUUUGAAAUUCCUAACGUGUUGUUCUUUCUGUUUUUGUGGAAAAAAUAAAAUAUCUACCCACUCCAUGUCACUGUCAUAAAAGGAUAAUAAGAAGGACUUAAUUUGAUCAAAUUGAAAAAUCUCAGGUGAUUUUUAUUUAGUACUUUAUGUGUUGCGAAGUGAAUUAUAGAACUCCAAUGUGGCCAUUUGUGAUUAAAAGCUUUAUGAGAAAAACUGAAACUAUUACUACUACUAUGUAAGUUGUUUGACUGGAUGAUGGUCGCCUGGUAAUUUUUUUGAUUUAAUUUUUUUGUGCUCAUUUGCCAAAGCUGACCACAUCUACAUUUGUCUACAAGACAGUAAAGUAGUGAUUUUCUUUUAUCAAUAUAGCAUCAUCAGGAAAUACUUGUCCAUUUCAAAUGAAAGGACACACAGGAACUUGCUGUGGUUUGUACAUGUUAUUCACACUAUUAUUAUUAGAACAGUUGAAAUGUGCAGGGGUUUUUCCAUUUUUGUGUUCAUAAUUAGAUGUAGUGUGUGUAUGAUGUUUUUAGCAAUCCAUAUUAAUAAAAUCUCCACAUAAGCUGUUGCUAUUAUGAUUGAGUGUGCAAUAGUUUCAUAUGUUAUUAAAACUUUCUUGCCUCGGUGA